AUGGUAACUGUGAAUGGCCGUCCUUUAACCAUAUUCAAUGAUUCGGGUUUUAAAAAAAUAUUGAAUCCUCUGACACAAGCAAUUGGUGAAGGUUUUACUAUUAACUCCCAGAAUAUAAAAAAACAUAUUUUUUGUGCUUCAAAAACUAUUAUUAAUGAAAUAACAGAAAAUAUCAAAAAUAGUUUAGUGAGCUUGAAAAUUGAUUGUGUAAAACGUCAUAACCGGUCCAUAAUGGGAGUUAAUAUUCAGUUCAUAAAAAACAUGAAUGUUUGUUUGGCUACCCUAGCAAUGAGGGAAAUUAACGAACAGCACACUGCUCAAAACUUAAAAAAAAUGCUUUUUGAUGUAUUGGCUAUUUACAACAUGAGAAAAGAACAAAUUUUUACAAUUACAUGUGAUAACGCUUCAAACAUGGUUAAGUUAAGUAAAAUUGUAAAUAUGUAUGAUGAAUGUGAAGCUGAAGCACCACAUAUUGAAGAGGAUUUGAUUAAUUUUGUGGAUUCAGAAGAAAAUGAGAGUGAUGAUGAAUAUGCCAUUGAAGACGGAACAUUAUUAUCAUCAAAUGAUAUAGUAAAUCAACUUUUCAAUGAAGAAGUUGAUGAUCAUGAUAACUUACAAGAAAUUAUUGUUGCUGCUAUGGAACCUAAAUCUAUAACAUCCUGUAUUAGAUGCUCUGUACACUCAUUACAAUUGUGUGUACUUGGUGGUAUAAAAUCAGCAGCCAUAUCUAAUUGCAUUCCCAAAGCUAGAGAGAUUGUAAAGAAACUAAGAACUCCCAAAUAUGCAUGUUGGCUGAAAAGGAAAAAUUUAAAAUAUGCAAUUAUCGAUAUUGAGACCAGAUGGAACUCAAUGUAUAACAUGCUCUAUAGGUUAUUAGAACUCAAAGAAUUCUGUUUGUCACAUGAGGAGACUAACCCAGACCUACAUCUAAAAAACUGUGAAUGGGACUCUAUACAAAGUGUUGUAAAUGCUUUACAUCCAGUGAAAACUGCAACACUUGCAUUGCAAAAACAAAAUUUAACAAUUGGUGAUUUUUAUGCCAUCUGGUUAAAAUCCACUCAUGGGUUGAACGCAAAUGGAUCCAUAUUAGCCAAAAAAAUAAAAUCUUUGAUGGAUAAAAGAAUGCAGGAAAAUUAUUUAUCAAACAGCACAUUUUUAGCAGCGAUUUUUGUUGAUCCUCGAUACCAGUGUUUAUUAACUCCUGAACAACAACAAAUAGCUAUAACUCGUCUUGUCGAAACAUGGGAGACAUUACUUCUAUUAAAGAAUAGAGACUCUCCUAUUGACGAAUUUCCAGAAAUUACCGCUAAUGAUAAAUCAACCAUUGAGAGUACUAUUGAAAGUAGCCAAGACUCAACAGAUCCAUUUGAAGAGUUUUUAUCAUCACAAGCUUCUCUUACAUCAAAUUCGUCUGCCUCGUCCUUAACAGUAACUUCUGAAAGUAUAUUAAAUAUAUUGAAUGGUUUUAAAAAUGUUGAGCGCAUUUCUUAUACUGCCGAUAUUUUGCAAUAUUGGAAAACACGACAAAUAACAGAUCCAGAACUUUAUCAAUUAGCAAGUGUAGUCUUAGCAGUUCCAGCGACUCAGGUCAGUGUAGAAAGGAGCUUUUCUGGAUUGAAAUUUGUUGUUUCUGAUUUGAGAACCUCAUUAGAUCCAGAACUUUUAGAAGCAAUUAUGCUGGUUAGAAGCAAUGAAAAAUUUAAAUUAUGUCAUUAA